AUGAAGUACGCCACCGCCACAAUCGCCGCCGUCACCAUGGCUCUCGCAUCCGCAAAGGACUGCAACCUGCCCCCCAUCUCUGAAGCCGUCGUCCCCGGCGACGUCUUUAAGCUCGUGGCUCUCCCCAAGGUCGCCAAUGAGAUCGAAUGCGAGCCCUUCCAAGCCAAGAACAACGACCUCCUGAUCGGCGAUAGUUUCCAGAGCGCAAACUGCACUACACGACUCCCCCGUGACCAUGCGUCGUUCGUCCUCAACGGUCAGGGUCUCCUCUUCCUCUACACCGGCGACACGCCCGACAACUUCGAAGCCCAGGAGAUAUUCGUCGACCGCUCUGGCAUGGGCCAAGGUAACAUACAAUACACCACCGGCCUCCCUGCAAAUAUUGGCCGCAACCAGGAGUUGGGUCCUUUCAAGAUUACCGAGACUAGCGACCUUGUCUUUGAUAACGGCAAUGGUGCCGUUACGGCUUUCCAGGCUUGUCCCCCAGCUGACGGUGACAAGUUGACAGGCUGGAAGGUCUGGCUUGCGGGCAAUGACAAGCCGGCCGGUAGCGAGGGUUGUGUUGAGCUGAAUGCUAGAGCUGUCAAGGAGACGAACCCUGAGGCUUGCGAGUACUCCGUUUACAAAGCUUAG